UUAAAAGGGUCAUUUGCUAUCAGGUGGCAUGGGGAAGGCCCCAGAAGCCUGAGGAUCAGUAAGGGGAUGAAAUUUCGUGCCCUGUCUCCUAGGGCUUGAGUUCUCGCGGCUUGGGGUGUGGGUGCUCUUAAUCUCCUGCUUCCUCUUAAGGGCUGGGGAAGAGCCACCUGACUUGUGCCUCCCUCUCCCAGACCACGGAGUCCUUAGCAAACACAUCCUCUUGCUGAUCAGACAGUGACGCCCUUGUAGGGCGGGGGAAAGCUGGAGACAUGGUGCAGAAGCAGGUGCCCCAAUUGUGCCACACCCUUUCCUAUCAAGAGUGGGAUCUCCUCCAAGACUCAGUUUCUUUGCCCCCCUCUGGCAGUGGGGAGGUGGCUCUGGUUUUCCAAGGAGACUCCUACCUCUCUGCAAGUGGUGACGCAGGUGCCAAAGAAGGGAUCUCAGAAAAAAGAAGGGCUUCGAAGGAAUAAGAGUCUCUGAAGGGGUCAGAAAGGGUCUUCUGUUCACCCCGGGGCUCAUGCUUGGGGUGAAGCCCCAAAGUGGUGAUGUCCUUUGCCAACUCAGAUUAUCAGAAUGCCCCCCUCUUCUUCCAGGGACACGCUUUGCUUACAGAGAGCUCCAGGUCCGAUCCCUUCCCCUUGGGGUGCCCACCCAAGCCCAGCCCUUGUCCCAGAGCCUGACAGUUUCAGAAGUUGGGGGGUAGAGUACAGAGAAAGGGAGCAGGGUUAGAAUGAUUCCAGUAUUGGGCCCGGACGAGGGAGGAGCAUUUCCUUACCUGAGGGCACCGGCCUCUCCCCUUGUUUGCUCUGAGAUAGCCAGUCUCGCUCCUGCCCAGCGCGAGUAGGCUGCCCUGUGGGUGCAGCCUUUCCUCCCCCAAGACCCAGACGCCCAGACCGACCCAUAGACGGCUGGACUGCAGGACUCGGCCAUGGCCCGGCUUUCUGGGCUGUUCCUAUGUGGGGCCCUGCUGGGCUUCGCUUGCCUGGACCCCGGGACAGCCGUGGAGGUCAAGGUGCCGGCCGAGCCCCUGAGCACCCCCGUGGGCAAGACCGCCGAGCUGCCCUGCAGCUACAGCACGUCGGUGGGAGACAGCUUCGCCCUGGAGUGGAGCUUUGUGCCGCCGGGGAAGCCCCUCUCUUCGUCCCAUCCGAUCCUGUACUUCACCAAUGGCUAUCUGUAUCCAACUGGUUCUCAGGCAAAGAGGGCCAGCCUGCUUCAAAACCCCCCCACAGGAGGGGUAGCCACCCUGAAACUGACUGAUGUCCACCCCUCGGAUACUGGAACCUACCUCUGCCAAGUUAAUAACCCGCCAGAUUUCUACACAAAUGGGUUGGGGCUAAUCAACCUUACUGUGCUGGUGCCCCCCAGUAGCCCCUUGUGCAGUAAGAGUGGUCAGACCUCGGUGGGGGGCUCUGCUGCACUGAAAUGCAGUUCUUCCCAGGGAGCCCCCAGGCCAGUGUACAACUGGGUCCGCCUUGGAUCUUCCCCUACGCCGUCUCCUGGCAGCAUGGUGCAAGAUGAGGUGUCUGGCCAGCUCAUUCUCACCAAUCUCUCCCUGACCUAUUCGGGCACCUACCGCUGUGUGGCCACCAACCAGAUGGGCAGUGCAUCCUGUGAGCUGACCCUCUCUGUGACUGACCCAUCCAAAGGCCGAGUGGCUGGGGCUCUGAUUGGGGUGCUCCUGGGCGUGCUGUUGCUGUCAGUUGCUGCGUUCUGCCUGAUAAGGUUCCAGAAAGACAGGAGGAAGAGGCCCAAGGAGACAUAUGGGGGCAGUGACAUUCGGGAGGAUGCCAUUGCUCCUGGGAUUUCUGAGCAAACUUCUAUGAGACCCGAUUCUAGCAAAGGGCUCCUGGAGAGACCCCCCUCUGCCAGCAGUGUGACGACCACCAAGUCCAAGCUCCCUAUGGUUGUCUGAUUUCUCCCCCUAUCCUUGAGGGGUAAUAUCAAGAAUUAAAGCCUUUGGGUACCAUA